AUGGACAGGCGGUCAGUGAAGGGGGAAGAUUAUAUAUCUUCUCCUCUUAUUGAACCCCUUCCCUCUUCUCUUUCCAGUUCCCCCCUGCUGCGUCUGCUGCAGCAGCACAACCGGGACACAGCCAACUGGCUUCAAGACAUAGACAGGCGGCUUGAGAGGGAUGCAGCACACCUCAGCACCGUACUCGACCGAGCCAUACAGCAACUGAGCGAGGAGAGGGAUGAGGCAGACUCCCAGGCAACGGUGGUGGAUCAAGCGACAGCAGAGGCGAUUCUGAGAGCUCCCAGCAUAGAGGCGGCGUCUGCGGUUCUAAGAGACAUGCAGGCAACCACUGUUGACCUGAGGAAGGUUCCAGAGAGGGAGCAGGGGGAGGAGCGAGAUAAGGGGAGGGCAGGGGCGGAAGGGGCGGAGAUGGGGGAGAGUGGAGGGGAGAGAAGAGGCGGGAAGGAGGGGAUGGAGGGGGAGAGAAGGGACGGAGAGAAGGGGCCGCUGGUGGAAUGUUUGGAGAUGUAUACUCGAGCUCAGGGGCUGGAGAAGCGGUUUCAAGCAGCCCUGCAGGUCUACCAGCAAUGGGACAGGGAGGUGGCAGUGAGGCAGUUCAUGCUGGGGCGACUCAAGGAGCUGGACGGGUACCGGCCGUUGCUGAGGGACCUGGGGAUCAGUGCUGCCCAGGCCAACGCCACUGCCGCAGCUAUGGACGCUAAGAACCCCAAUAAGACACGGCUCGAAGCCUUUCUCAUGUGGUACCAGCUCUACUCCUUCUGGUUCGACCGAGAGGGGCCCGACCAUCCGUCCGCGUCAGCAUUCGUCGCUGACGCGCAAUCCGAUCGCAACGCCAGCCUGGCACGUGCCACGUCAGCAUCGACCACUCUCCGGCGAAUUCAGGACAGGCUUUUAGGGGAUUGCGGGAUGCGGUUACCGCACAGUAACUGGACGGCACAACAGGACGAGUUUCUGGCUCGGUUUCACACUGUAGCUGCCGCAGCUGGUGCCGAGCCUCAGUGCAUGGACUGGGAGAGGCUCGAACCUGGGCUCGGAAUUGUCGGCUAUCGGACGGACAAUAUGACAAAUCUUGCCGGCCCGACAACCGGCAAAAUCGUCAGCUUCUGGGCGGAUUUGGCUCGAGAGGAGGAUGAGGUGGAGAGCAGGAAGAGGAGUGAGGGGAGGGAGGAGCUAAUUGGAGGGCUGAAGAGGAGAGACCCGGAGACGGGAGUGGGGAUGCAUUUCACAGGGCUGGUCACAGGGAUGCCUCUGGUGGUGAGACGGAACGUGCUGAGGCGACUGGGUGGGCUGGACGAGGCUGACGACCGGGAGGGUGAGGCAGCUAUUGUGUCGGACUGGCAGCUCACAACAAGAGUGUGGCUGUCUGGUUACCAGGUUGCUCGCCUGCACCUUCGCAAGGGAGCCUCUGGUGAUGCUGGUGGCUUUGAUCGCAUUUCCAGAACUGGGCUUGUGGAACACUAA